UGAUAGAAAAAAAAAAUGUCACGUUCUGCAAAGUUAUGAUUGCUACCUACAUAAUCACGUUGUCACUUUAUUUUUCACCAGUAUCAAACAAAGACAAACUGACUGGUGCUGUCAGCAUCAGGGCAGCUAGUCACAGAUCUAUGAGGAAAAACGAGAAGCCACACAGUCUGAGAAUAGUGCUUCGGGAUUCGGACCCUGUCAUCCUAACAUCAAAUCGGUGCUCAUGUGUAGCUGGCACUGCAAUGUGUAACCACACAGUUGCUUUGCUGUUUCAAACUGCACACUAUUCAGAGUUGAACAUGCAGGUUGUGCCACCUGUCCACACCUGCACUGAGACAGAGCAGCAAUGGCAUAAGCCCAGAACAGCGGGAGUGAAACCUGGGCCAAUAAACAAAACGGUCAUCAGCAGACCAAGACUCAACCGGCUCACGGAAGGAGGAGUCAGGAGUACACUCUACAAGGGCUUGGUUGGGGACCCACUAGACAUCUCUUUGCUACUGAUUGGAGACAUGUACAAAGACUUCAGCAUUAGAGAGAAACCUCUAGCAGCAACUAUGGGCAUCAGUGACGAGAAGACCCUUGUUGAGACAGCUUUUGGCUUAGCACAAAGGGGGAGUGUGCUCUCAUACCAGCAACCUGUAUUGCCCACAAAGUCAGUCAAGAUGCACCAGGAUCCUCCACCUUACCCACCGCUGCCUAUUGGGGAGUACAAGCUUGCCCCGACAGACUGUGUGCAUGUGUGCACUGAGGAGGAGCACUUCCACCUUAAAAGCCUGAAUGUCACACUGGACAUGGCCUAUAAGAUUGAGGCAGCGACAAGAGAGCAGGCAGCAGACCAGGAGUGGCAUCAGCUCCGCAGGCCUAGGAUCACCUCCUCACGUUUUAGAGAGGUGUGUUUUGUGAGGGGAGUGAGCUCUGCAGAGUCUCUUGCAGAAAGAAUCCUCAAAGGAACAAGGCAGACUGCAGAAAUGAGAAGAGGUGCAGACAUGGAGUUUGAGGUGGCAAGGGAGUACUGCCAGAUGAAAAAUGUCAACUACACACCCUGUGGCCUCGUCAUCCACCCAGAUGCUCCUUGGCUUGGUGCCUCGCCAGAUGGCUUGAUUUUUGAUCCAUUCGCACAGCCACCGUUUGGACUGGUUGAGAUAAAGUGCCCUAAUGUGAAGAACUAUGUGGACUGUAAAUACCUUCAAAUGCAGGAUGGCACUUUGGCUCUUCGAAAAGCCACUCUUACUACUGGCAGGUGCAGGGUCAACUGUUGA